CGAAAAGUAUGUACAGUUUCAUUAGACAGCGUUUGGUUGUUCCUGAUAGCAGGGGAACAUUCUCCUUUAAACCAGACUCAUAAUAAUUAGUCCCCUGCGGAAUCUUCCAAAUUCAUUGGAGAAUAAAACUCUGUAUAUUUGUUCAGUUGCUUUAAGGCAAGGAAAAGUGGCAUCCGGAGAGAGAGACUCAUCAAAUAUUAAAAAAAGAAAAAAAUUAAAAACUAUAUUUUUUUCUAUAACAGCAAUGCCACUCUGCUGCCUUGAGUCAAUUCCUGGCUUACUUUCAAGGGUUUGUUCUAUUUAUUUGAACAUGAACAUCUGCCCUAUUCUGUUUCUAUGCUGGAGUUUCUGUGUGGUAUUUUGAUUUUGCGGAUACUGGUGAUUAGCAAGCAUCAAAAUUUGGGUUUCAUCCAUUUUCAGUGAUGGGGAGUAACAGCAGAGGAAAGGAUGGUGAAGGCUCUUCUGGGGUUAAAAAGGAUGAAGAGAACUAUGAGUAUGAACAAGACAUGAAAUUUGUGCGGCCUGAAGCACUCUUUCGCAAUACCAACGGAUUCACAGAUCCGUUUGUUCAGUUUCCUCCCUUGCUCACACAACCCCAGGUACCUGUGGUUGCCAUGCAAGGAGCUGCAGCGGUAGCACAACCCCUUCCACAAAAUGGAUAUGUAGAAUCUGUGAUUUAUGAAAGGUUGAAAAGGGUAAGGAUCACGUGGAAUCAUGCAGCCACCAAUGUUGCUGUUGCAGGAUCAUGGGACAACUGGGAGACCACGGAGCCCCUGCAGAGAGUGGGUCAAAAUUUUCUCCUAGUUAAAACACUCCCAAUAGGUAUCUAUCAUUACCGUUUCAUUGUAGAUGGCUACUUGACACAUGCUCCAGAGUUUCCAUCGGCUUCUGAUGAUUCAGGUUAUGGCUACAAUAUAUUGAAUUUGCAGGACUAUAUACCAGAAAUAGUUGCAAACUUAUCCGAUUUUGAAGAUCCUCCAUCACCACCAUCGAGUUAUGAUAACUCACACUUAAAUGAAGAGGAGUUCAGCAAGCCCCCACCAGAACUACCACCACAACUACCACUGGCAAUGAGACAUGAGCCUUCAUCUACUAGUGGUAAUCGUCAUGUCCAUAGGCCCACGCAUCUGGAACUCAAUCAUCUAUUCAUACACAAAACUGAAAGUGGUCAAUUUGUGGCACUACGAUCAACUUACAAGUUUCAACACAAAUAUAUUACUGCUGAACUGUACAAGUCCCUGCGCAGGGAAAGAUGAUGAAGCUGUAUGAUGUUUGUCUCCUAUUGUAUUUGCCUCGUUUAAACGGUCUUUAUGAGAACAUUUGUUAAGGUGAUUAAUCCGAUGUGUAGAGAAUUGAUUAGAAUAGGUGAAUGAAAUAUUGCUUUCCUUGUAAAAAAGCUUCAGGGGAUAUGAUUUUAUUUUUGCAGUUCGGGGUCAAUAUAUACUAUACAUUUUCAUAGUGGUUGACUAUUGUCCUGCUUUCAAGGACUAACGUUUUCAAAUUGAAUAUGCUUAGAGCACAUGCUGUGAUGAAAAUUCAAUGAUUAGUCGAGCAUAUGAUAAUGUCUUACACAUGAACUAUGAAUUUCUUCCUCCCCAGGCGUCAGCUAAAUUUGACUCUCCAAUGAACAUACCAUGCAUAGCACUAUAUCUGAGUAUACACUUUCCUUAUGUGUCGGUAUUCUCUUCUUUCCGUCACUUUCUACUUGUGAAAAACGAGACUAACCUUGUUUUCAUGUUGUUUAAAAUUCCACAGACCAUGCUACAUUUCUUCAGUUUUACUCUUAAAUUUGUGAUAACAGUCUCUAAUACUAUAGAGAUGUCAAGCAUAUGUGCUCCUAAAGAAAAAACUGCAGGUCUAUACUAUACUCUACCAUCGAUCUAAACAUCUUUCCUUUUUCUUUUCCUUUUUUGAUAAGCAUGAAGCAAACA